UUGUCCCAUCUUGAAUUACUAUUUUUCCUACCAAUAAUACAGAGUAUUAAUAGUGAAAAUAGACAGUGAUAGAUACAUAGUCAUCAAGAAUGGCUAAAAGUUGUAAAGUUUUCAGUACCCUUUUAGCCAUUUUUGCAGUACUAGCCAUUGUUGCAGGUGUUUCUGCUGAUCCAGUAGAAAAUGAGGGACAAAAGGUAGUGGCAGAGGAGCAGAAGUUGGAGCAGGAAUUUGUUUGGACUUUGGACUAUACUAAUUAUUCUGAUAUUAUUUCUCAACACAAGAUGAUUGUUGUUGAGUUCUAUGCCCCAUGUUUGAUGUCCUAUAAAUGGAUCUUACAUUCAAAGAUUAUGUUUUCAGUCAAACACUAGUAGGAUGAAUAAGGAAAGUUCAUUGGUUUAAAUUUCAGUAGUUGAAUAGCUAUCUUGUGAAUAUACACUCUUAUUAAAAAUUUAGACCUAAUUGUCUCUGUCUUCUCUGUAAUAGGUGUGGUUAUUGCCAGCAACUUGCCCCUAAGUACGAAGAAGCAGCUUCAGUGUUGAGUAGUCAUGAUCCUCCAGUUAUUCUUGCUAAAAUGGACACAACAGUUCCGGAAAAUGCAGAACUCGCAAGAAAUUACACUCAUAAUGGUGUUCCGAGCAUUAAGAUAUUCCGGAAUGGUGGCAAGACAGUUCAUGAUUAUAAAGGUACUCGUGAGACAGACGGUAUAAUCUCAUAUUUGAAGAAACAUGCCGGCCCUGCAUCUCUUGAAAUCAAAUCAAAGGAAGAUGCUGCAAGCCUUAUCGAUGAGAAAAAAAUUGUUGUUGUUGGCAUAUUUCCAGAACUCUGCUUAGAGAAGAUAAUGAACUUCACAGUUUUAGCUGAAGAUUUACGAGUAGAUUACGACUUUGUUCACACACUUGAUGCAAAAUUCCUCCCUCGUGGUGGGCCGGUUGAUAAGCCAACUAUUCGUCUAUUUAAGCCAUUUGAUGAACUCUAUGCUGAUUUCGAGGAUUUUCAAGUUGAGGCGAUGCAGAAUUUCAUUGAAGAAACUAGCGUUCCAAUCAUGGCUAUUCUCGAUGACAAGCCGGAAAACCAGGCAUUUGUUAACCACUUUUUGCAUAGUCCCGGGGAUAAGGUAUUUUUAUUUCUGAACUUCACUACGGAUCUUGAUCAUUUCAAGUCCAAAUACUAUGAUCUUGCCGCCAGUUACAAAGGAAAGGAAGCGAACUUCCUCUUAGGAGAUGCUGAGACCGGUAAAAGAGCCCUUGAGUAUUUUGGAUUGAACACUGAUCAAGUACCUUUGAUUUUCGUACUUGCCAUGGACGGUACAAAAUACGUUCAACGACAUGUACAACCUGAUAGCCUUGCAGCUUGGUUGAAGGAUUUUAAGGAUGGCAAGUUGAAACCAUACUUGAAAUCGCAGCCUAUUCCGGAAGUUAAUAAUGAACCUGUCAAGGUUGUGGUUGCUGAGACUCUAGAGGAUAUGGUUUUCAACUCAGGGAAAGAUGUAUUGCUAGAGUUCUAUCGUCUUGGUUGUAAAUACUGCGAGGAAUUUGCUCCCGUCUUGGAUGAAAUCGCGCUCUCAUUUGAAAACGACGCUGAUGUCCUAAUUGCUAAGAUUGAUGGAACAGAAAAUGAUAUACCUCGUGAACGAUUCGAAGUUCAAGGAUUCCCAACAUUAUACAUGAUAUCUACAGCCGGUAGUUUGUCGCGAUUCGAGGGGAAUAGAACAAAAGAGGCUGUUAUUGAAUUUAUCCAGACUAAUAGGGAUACCCCUGCCCCCUCAGACUUUGCAAAAUCUGAUCUAACAGUAUCAGAACAUGCACAAACAGAUUCAAUGAAGGAUGAGCUAUAAGGAGGUUAUGGGACUCAACAUGAUCAAACUUCAGCUUCUUUCACCUCAUCCGAUUAGCCCUUCCUCCCCGAUAUGAAAGAACUGAGGAUUCAUAUCGCUGACCUCAACUUGUUUGGGAUUGAGGCGGUGGUUGUUGUUGUCGUCGUCGUCAUCUCCACUUUUUUCUUUUUUCUAGAUAGCAAUAAGGGGGCUGUAUUUGCCUCAUCCUAUGUAUCCCACGCAGUUGUCUCAAUUUAGUGGCAAUUAUUAAUAUCAAUAAACGUUGCUUAGUUCUAGUCUUUGCAUA